AUGGCCCGAGCCACUGAAGCCGGUGGCACAACCGUGACGGUCCAUACCCUGGCCGAAGCCAUGAGUGCGCCUUCGGGCCCGCCCAAUGUCGUCGUGCUCGAGAGAGACUACCAAGAAGAUAAUGAGAAGAAGCUCCCCAGUGCAUCCGAGGAUCUCUGGAUCAGCUCCGUGGAUGGGCGGUAUUCGUCCCCGCCUGUACCAGUUCGGGUCGGGCCCUUGAAUAAUAUCCAGACAUUCUACAUUCACAAAGAUAUCCUCACCCGGGCUGAGUGGUUUCGGAAGGCUCUUUGCGGCGAAUUCAGGGAAGCUGAGGAGCAAGUCAUUGACCUGCCCGAAGAGGACCCUGCGAUAUUUCACUUCCUAGUCGCUUUCCUAUACGAGGGUCGCUUCGAACCUAUCCGGCCAGCAGCGAGUGCCCUAGAACCAAGGAUCGACAAGGGAAAAGGCGUCGAAGUAGCCCCAGAACCAGCAGAGGCCUCAGACUCAGGUUCGUCUGACAAUUCCUCUGGCUCAGAACGGAGUUCAGGUAGCCCAGGGCCGGGGUGGAGAUAUCGUCGCCGACGGCGUGUGCAGCUUAGACAAGCCGCCGCGGACCGGAGCCAGGAGAAACAACCCGGUGUUCAUCGACCUGGGUGCGGUUGUCCUCGAUGCCUCGCCAGACGGGAUUUCGCCAUGUGCUGGCACUGUGGUGCUCGUCGGUUCCCUGGUGAAAAUGGAGGGCAUAGAGUCCAGGCUCCUGGGCGGCAUCCGCCGCCAGUGCCCUACCGACCAGUCCAGGCCGGCCCGCCGCCUUUGCAAGACCAUCCCGUGCGUAUCCAGGGCGAGGACUUACGGACAUGGCUUCUGGCUUACGAGCUCAACCUUGACGUCUACAUAUGUGCCAACCGCUUCCUCAUGGACGACUUUCGCAAGGCCGUGAUGCGCUCAUGUGUCGAUAUGCUAGAGACGGCAGGGGCAGAUGCCGCACAGACGGAGGUUCUGCAAUUGACAAAAAAGCUAUACAACGGCGUACCCGAGAUCGACCCCUUGCUCAAGAUGGUGCUGGCACGAGUGGGUUUCCUCCAACCCCUGCUGUGGAAACGAGCGCCAGAGGAAACAAGCGAGUUUCUGGUUAGCAACCCAGAGCUAGCUGCUGCGAUACUGAGGGAAACAGUCAUGAGGCACGAUGCCAUCUCGGGGGUGGCGGUCUUUCCCUCGAUGGAACACGCAGGGGAAAUGGGGAAUACAGCAUAUGAGAAUGAAAGGCAGCAUCUGGAGAGGACGAUACCCUACUAUUAG